GUUCCUAUCCUAGGAUUUGAAGGAGCACAAAUUUUUUGAACUAUAGUUUUGGACGCCUAUGAUAUUAUCACACAAAUAGCUUCCCUCCAUGUUCCUAAGUCCUAACAAAAAGACGACCAAAAAGAGAGCCAACGUACGUUUUUCGUACAUUCAAUUCAAAAAGAGAAAAAAUAAUAACAAAAACAGAUAGCAGAGUGCCAUUGGAUGCUUUAUUCUUGGCUCUGCAACUUUUUUUUUAACCUGUGCUGGAUGAUGAUAAUGAUAAAAGUACUAAACUUUGCUAAAACCCCUUUUUAUAUCUCUUCUAUAAGGAGCUGAAUCUGAAGAUUUUCUAGUUUUUUCAAGUAAAAAAAAAAAAUGGGAGGGCCUGUGAUAGAAAGAAAAGGAGGUAGUGUAGUUUGGGUGUUGAGACAAAAUGGAACAUGGUGGCCAGGGAGAAUAUUGUGUAGCAAUGAAAUCCCAACUUCUGGGAUUCUUUCUCGUACUAAUUUCAGUUCAAGAUUUCCAAUCAAGCUUCUUGGUAGAGAUGAUGCUUCUGUGUAUUGGUACAAUUUGGAGAAGUCUAGUCGCGUAAAGGCGUUUCGAUGUGGUGAGUUUGAUGGUUGUAUCAAAAAGGCUGAAUCAUCCAAGACUCUUACCUAUACUAAAAGCCUGAAAUAUGCACACAGAGCAGAUGCCAUUCUUCAUGCUCUUGAACUUGAGAAGCAAGAUCAGGAGAAACUGGAAAGGCCAGUAUUCAUUUCUGGAUUCAAAGAGGGUGAGACUCAUGGAGAAAGUAAUCAAAGAGCAAAGAGAAGCAGACGUCUUUACUCCCCUAUCAACUCGAUAUCUUUCUUGGAGAAAUCAGUUCAUUCGCAAUCAUCAAAUAUGAUUGCCACAUCUAUUCAUGCUGCAGAAAAUUCUUCUUCGAAGUCCACGAGUUCCUGGAAGAGUGAUUCGCAGAGUUCACAUAGAAAGAAAGAGAAAACUGCAGAAAAUUCUUCUUCGAAGUCCACGAGUUCCUGGAAGAGUGAUUCGCAGAGUUCACAUAGAAAGAAAGAGAAAACUGCAGGUCAUAAUGCAUUGCAACCAGCGAAGAUGAGCUUCAAGGUCAUCAGUCGUCCAGCAGUCAAAAAAUGGAAGCACAAUGGGAAAGUGCAUAAUCAGCAUUUUAGGAGCAGAUCAGUUGUUUCAACUAAUGAACGAAGUACUGAAUUUGGAUUUAAGACUGAAUCAUUUGAAAACAUGUCAAGGGAUCUCAAUCAGGAGUCUCAGCCUAGUCCAGGGAACAGUUUCUCUGAGGACACCAGCAUCCAAAGCCCUAGUUCAAAGUUCACCACGCGGAAGAAUAGUACCAAGACAUUAAUAGAUGUGCAUAUGACAGUUCAAAGCACAUAUAGAGGAGAGCAUACUCCCCUUGUUUCUUUAAUGAGUAGACUAAAUGGAAAGGCAAUUGUCGGUCACCCCAUCAACAUAGAAGUGUUAUACGAUAGUUCAAUGCUUCCUGUUAAAAAGGAGAGCUGUGAUCAACUGCAAAACAAGAGCAGAAUGCCUCAACUUGUUUGGAGAACAUCGAAGAGAACUCCCGUCUGUUACACAAGUUCUACCUCUUCUGCAACUAAGUAUGAGAACAUUCAGCACAGCAGCAAGAAACUCGGAGAUUUGAGUUCCCAAGCUAGGAAAAAUGGUCGCUUUAAUACCAAGUCUCGUGGGAAGUUAUCGAAGAAGUCAAACAUGUCAAAGAAUAAACCAAGAUCACUCUACCUUGCUGAUUCCAGAAUCAAGAAUGCUGUAAAAGAUGACAGACUGCCUCGUGUUACAUGUGUCCCUGUGAAAGACGUAUUCAUCAAGUUAAUAGGGGCACUUGGAAAUGUAUGAUCAUAAGCAAGAGGUGUUCAUAUGGUGUAUUUAUUGCCCUUUGACUUUCUGAGUAGGAGAAGCUUUCUGUAGAUAUUACAGGUUGCUUAGUUUUUUUUUUUUUUUUUUGUAACUGUUGACAUUAUGAGAACUGUAUAUUGACAUACUUCUGUAGGUUAAUAUCUCCUCUGUAAGUAAUCCUUAACUUGCAAAAAAAUGAGCAAAAUGAUUGCUUAGCCUUUUGUUCUUCCAACAUGAAAUCCAUCUAAUAGUCCUAUUGUAGUAAGAUUGAGUUGCUUUUUACUAGUAUAGUUCUUCAAGUACUUCUAUUA